GAAGGCGGGGGGCGGCGGCUGCAGGCAGAGGGGCCGAGAGCUGGCGGCGGCGGCAGUGGUCGCGAAGGGCAUCGGCGGCGGCGGUGAUGGCAGAGAUGAUCUGAAGAUGGAAGGAGCCAGGCGAAGGGGAGGCGGCGGCGGCCGCGGCCGCGGAGGCAAGAAUGUAGGGGGCUCUGGCCUAAGCAAGAGUAGACUCUAUCCCCAGGCCCAGCACUCCCACUACCCCCAAUUCGCCGCCUCAGCCACCCCUAAUCAGUCUGGGGGCGCUACCGAAAUCCAAGAACUGGCCUCCAAACGAGUGGACAUCCAGAAAAAGAGGUUUUACCUAGACGUGAAGCAAAGCUCGCGGGGAAGGUUCCUGAAGAUAGCUGAAGUCUGGAUAGGGAGAGGCCGGCAAGACAAUAUCAGAAAGAGUAAACUGACCCUCUCUCUAUCUGUGGCCGCAGAGCUGAAGGACUGUCUAGGGGACUUUAUCGAGCAUUACGCCCACCUGGGCCUGAAAGGCCACAGGCAAGAGCAUAGCCACAGCAAAGAGCAAGGCUCCAGGAGGAGGCAGAAGCACUUGGCACCUUCCCCACCAGUCUCAGUGGGGUCCGAAGAGCAUCCACACAGUGUCCUCAAAACAGACUAUAUAGAGAGGGACAAUAGGAAAUAUUACCUAGACCUAAAGGAAAAUCAGCGUGGUCGCUUCCUAAGGAUUAGACAAACCAUGAUGCGGGGGACGGGCAUGAUAGGUUACUUUGGCCACACUUUGGGCCAAGAACAGACUAUUGUCCUCCCUGCACAAGGAAUGAUUGAGUUUCGUGAUGCCUUGGUUCAGCUGAUUGAAGACUAUGGUGAAGGAGACAUAGAAGAACGAAGAGGUGGAGACGAUGACCCACUUGAACUCCCAGAGGGGACUUCUUUCAGAGUGGACAAUAAAAGGUUCUACUUUGAUGUGGGCUCUAAUAAAUAUGGAAUAUUCCUGAAGGUAAGUGAGGUGAGGCCGCCUUACCGUAAUACUAUUACUGUUCCAUUCAAAGCUUGGACAAGGUUUGGGGAGAAUUUUAUCAAGUAUGAAGAAGAGAUGAGGAAAAUUUGCAACAGCCAUAAAGAAAAGAGAAUGGAUGGCAGAAGGGCCAGUGGUGAAGAACAAGAAUGCCUCGACUAGAGUGAAAUUGAACUCCAUCAGGCAAAAUUUAAAAUCAUAAAUUGGCUAAAAGUACUGAUCCAUAAUCAUUUGAAGAAGUCCCCCCCCCUUUUUGGCCCUUUGUUAUUAGUAAUACCUCUAAUAGUUUAUACUUCAAGAAGUCUGAUUUUCAUGUUCUGUUAUACAUAGAUCCUUAUAAUUAUUAUGGGAAUUCCAGCCUUCCCAGUUUAGCUGUUUCAACUGCUCCAGACUAUUGAAGUAUGCAAAUCAGCACAAAAUGUGACAUUUGACCUUCUGAAUACUUUAAGAAUUACAUUGCACUGUGAUUUAAUUCUGAAAAAAGAUACACACACUCAAUGUGGGAGUAUGAAUUUCUACUUAACAAUUUCCCAAAUAAGUAUUUCAUUCCUACUACAUGAAAAGCUGCUAAGCAUACAUGCAGGACAGUUACCAGAGAAACAGAAAUUGACCACAAGUAUAAUAUUAAUACUAUAAAAGUACAAGUAGAAGUAUAUUGUCCAUUGCAUAACUGAACACUAAAUGGAGUAGGGGUCAAAAGGAUGAAAUCUUACUAGAUAAUUAAAUUUUAAAGAUACAUCAUCAUAAUAUUUCUUAAUGUAGUAUUCUAUAAUUUCAUGUUGUGGUAACCUUACAGUCCAUAGUUACCAUAUCAAAGCCAUGAGAGAAUUUUAGCUGGUUAUUCUAAGCUACUUACAAUCCCAUCUUCACUUCAUUUUACUAUACUAUAUAUUUUUGUUGACUUUCUAAAGUUUUAGGAAUUACUUUUGUGUCACUUUUGAGUGGGAUGCUUCAUCCAGUGGCUUUGCUAUGGGAAUCUUGGUGUUUUAGCAUUUCAUGCUAAUUUAAAAAUUGUGAUAAAUUUUUCCCUAAAAUAUAAAGUGGAUUUAAGGUGUUAUA